AUGACAGUCUCCACAGGAAGAUAUAGAUUUGAACUUGAUAUAGCUCAGCAGCCUAUCCGUGCACGUAUGUGUGGGCUUGGUGAUAAAGAUAGAAGACAAAUAUCGCCACCUCCAUUCGUCAAGUUAUUGGUAUUUGACAAAGAUAGCAACCAACCAGUCAAUAUUGACGAUGUUGACAUUUCUUCAUUUGUUAUUGUUGUUGAGCUUUGGUCCCCUGAUGAGAAGGAAGAUUUGAGUUUAAAUCAAAACAUCAUCACAGAAGAUUCAAAUCCAUCUUCACCAGUUGAUCAAGAUAAACCACCGAUGAUACAGAAUGAUGCCAAACCAUCAGAACUCACCACAACAACCGCCGUGAAUAAUGAUACCACUGCAACCACUACAACUUCAACAACCCCAAUUUCAGCAACCGCCAUGGAUGAUCAUUCUAGAUCAUACCCAAAACCAAAUCCACAACCUGUUCAAAGUCAACAAAGAAGUUCAAGUGGUUCAGAAUCCGAAGGAAGUAUUGGUGAUAUUCCAACAAGAAAUUUGAUUGGAAAUUUAGUAACUAAUGCUUUCAAAUUAUUUGAUGAACAUAAUAAUAGAGGUAUCUGGUUUAUUUUGCAUGAUUUAUCUGUUCGUAUUGAAGGUGAAUUCAAACUAAAAUUAUCUUUUGUUGAUCUUAACACUGAUGAAAUGAUUUAUAAAUUUAGUGAUUCUUUCAAAGUUUACAGUGCUAAAAAAUUCCCUGGUGUUGUUGAUAGUAGCCAUCUGGGUAGAGUUUUUGCAAGUCAAGGUGUUAAGAUCCCAAUACGAAGAGAUACCAAAGAUCACAAUUGA